GAGUGCACACGCAUCUGCGUACAUGCCUGUGAGUGUGUAUAUGUGCCAUCACCAUGAAGCACCAGUCUAUCUCCCGAUGGCUGAGCCAGCUGGGACUGCCGCAGUACUGUGCAGCACUGGAGCAGGAGUACGAUGGUGUCGAGGACCUGCUCCACCUCUCAGAGUAUGACCUUCUAGACCUUGGAGUGCACAAUCACCUUCACCGCCUGCACCUCCUCACUUCUCUACGCCUCCUCCAGGAGCGGGAGAGGAGGAGAGAGUGGAGGAUGAUGGCAGAGGGGCGUUUUGCGAGUCUGCCCAGGUCCCUCCAUGCACAUCACAGCCUGGAAGGAGUCACUAGCCACACUGGAGUCCCCUCCCCGUCCCUUGGCGUUCCCAGCAGCACCACCUACUCCUCCCGGAGGCUCCAGGCUUCCCUCGCCACCUCCAUGGACCUCCACAGCCCCAGAACUGGUGUCCCUCCAGGACAGAGCAGCGGCGUCCCCGAGCUGUCCACCACGUCCUACCAUCAGAUCUCCAUUCACGGGACGAUGCCUCGACGCAAGAGGGGAGGCACCAAUCUCACUCAGGGACUGAACUACACCUGGGACCCCAGAGCCAAUCAGACCCAUCCAUCGGUGUGUGGAAAAAAGGAGCGAGCUCCUGGUCACAUCCAUCAACCUUUGACCUCUCCACUGGUCCAAAAUAUCAUCGAUGACUUCCAAGGUUUCAGCAGAGAGCCUGCCGCCGGCCUGGACGCCACCGUGGACUAUGUGAAGUUCUCCAGGGAUCACUUCAUCCUGGACUGUCCCUCCGAGAAACUUCGCAAAGAGCUGGAGGAGGAGCUGAAGAUGAACUGUGAGGAGCCCAGGAGCCAUGCGUGGUACCACGGAGCCAUUCCCAGACAGGUUGCAGAAAACCUGGUGCAGCGCGACGGAGACUUCUUAAUCCGUGACUCACUGUCCAUCCCGGGGAGUUACGUCCUGACCUGCCAGUGGCGAAACGCUGCCCAGCACUUUAAAAUCAACAAGAAGGUGGUGAUGCUGAAUGAAGCUUACUCCAGAGUGGAGUAUCGUCUGGAACGAGAGGGCUUCGACAGCGUCCCGGCACUUAUCAGAUACUACGUCGGCAACAGAAAACCUGUCUCACAGGUGGUGGGAGCCAUUAUCUUCCAGCCAAUCAACAGAAGCCUUCCGCUGCGCUGCUUGGAGGAGAAAUACGGAUUAUCCAGCACUCACAGGGAGGCACUGCUGGCGCAGGAGAGACGCAGUCAGAAGCGCCUCAGCCUCAACAUCACCAACGGACACGCGCACGACAACGCGCACGACGGCACGCACUGCCACGACAACUGCAUGAGCCGGAGCAGCCAGCUCAGGUUAAAGGAUCGAUGCGGCAGCCAACCAGCAAGUCUCAAUCAGGUCCAGGAGAGACGACGCCCACUCAAGGCGCACCAAUCAGAGAGCUUCUUACCUCUCGGAUCCAAACCCCAGGCUCAGCAGUCUCCCGACCCGCUACUCCCCAGCCCCAACCCCAAGUCUCCAGUGUUUCGGACGGGCAGUGAGCCGGUCCUGAGUCCCUCUGUCCCUCGGAGAUCAGCAGAGAUUCUGGCCGGUCAAGCGAUCCGAGGCUCCGACAGCCAGCUGUGCCCGAAACCACCACCCAAACCCAGCAAGGUGCCGCUGUCUCGACUGCCUCACUCCGCGUGUUUUCGGCCCCUGGUUCCUUCCUCCAUCACCUCCUCUACCUCCACCUCCACCUCCUCCUCCAACCACACACACGCGUCCUCCAGCGUCGCUGCGCCUUCCCUGGACUCACUCACAUGUGGGGAAACGCCUUCAGGGAGAAGGAGUGGAGGUCCUCCCGUCCCUCCACUGAAGCCCCUGAAGUUUCACCAUCAGCUCACGCCCGCAGACUCCCACUCCUCUGUGUUGUCUCCUCCUGAUCCGGCUCUGUAUCCCGACUCAGUGACACUAACGGGACGGACUGAGCGGCUGCAGCCGAGCCCUGCGGACCUGAGGUCCUGCAGCCCGCGGGAGUGGGAGGAGCCGAGCUUGCCGAACUCCAUCACGGACAACGAGCAUCAGCCACCGCUCUGCAGCUACGUGGAGCGGCUGAAAAGAGAAGGGGAGGGAGGGAGAAAGGUGAACGGAGGAGGGGAGGUGGAGGCGAGAGGACGGAGAGGGCUGGACAGAAGCUCCUACCAUCACGCCAUCGCAGCCUUAGAGAACACCAGUGAGGACGAGGAGGAGGAGGAGGAUGCAAGGAGGGUGAGGGAGGAGGAGGAGGAGGACGGGGACAAAGACAGGAGCAGUUUCCAGCGGCCGGUGGUGGAGACAGAGUCGGCGUUCAGACCGGCAGAGUUCGGAUCUCGACUCCUGCCUCCUGAAAACAAACCACUGGAGAUGGUGGUGCUGAAGAGAGCGAAGGAGCUGGUGCUCACUCACAAUCACCACAGCAUCGCCAAACACCUGCUGAUCGCAGACUGCCAGGUUGCGAGGAUACUGGGAGUGACUGCGGACCUCAAAGGUCAGAUGGGCGUGGCCUCCGGCCUGGAGCUGGUGACGCUGCCGCACGGUCGGCAGCUGAGGCUGGACCUCAUGGAAAGACACCACACCAUGGCGAUAGGCGUUGCCGUGGAUAUUCUGGGAUGCACUGGCAGCGUGGACGAGCGGGCGUCCACGUUAAACCGCAUCAUCCUGGUGGCGGUGGAGCUGAAGGACACGGUGGGCGACCUGUUCGCUUUCACCGCCCUGAUGAAAGCGCUGGACAUGCAGCAGAUCAGUCGUUUGGAAGAAACAUGGACGACUCUACGAAGGAACUACACACAGACGGCCAUCAGCUACGAGAAAAUACUCAAACCUUUCUACAAGAAUCUCUAUGAGGGCACAGCCUCGUCUCCUGCGGUGGUGUGCGUCCCACUUCUGCUGCCGCUCCUCACUCUGAUGGAGCGUCCGUCAAUCAUGUCUGAAGGGGCGGAGCUCUGGGAGACCAGCGACCAGGGCUGCGACAUCAUGCUGCGCCACCUGGAGUCUGCGCGGGACGUCGCACACAACGCUCAGAGCUACACGGCCAAUGCACAGAAGAUCUUACAAGGGUUUCAGGUGGACGACGACCUGCUGGAGGUGUUUAAAACCGACUUUCAGCUGCGGCUGCUGUGGGGAAGCCGCGGGGCGUCUGUCAACCAGUCGGAUCGCUACAACAAGUUCAACCUCAUCCUCACCGCGCUGUCACGGAAACUGGAGCCGCCGCCCAAAACGCAGACCUUAAUCUGACUUGAUCCGGGCAGCGGCGCAACGGCGACUCACUGUGGACUCAGUAAAACUGAGUUAAAACGACAGGAGGAGGUUGACGAGGAAAAGUGACUUAAGGAUUCAGCUGAGCAGCAACAUACACACACAGUGCACACUACACACGUCUAUGAACUCAACUCAGACUUUUUCAAAUGCACCAUUCCACCUGUGGCACACUGUAGCCGCCAUCACAAAAGUACUUUUCACUUUUUUUUAACAAAACAAAACAAAAACAAAAGAAAAUUGUCUGAUUUGACUUGUACAAAGGGUUUAAAGAGUCUCAUUUCGCUGCAAACAGCCGUCGACACAGAUGUGAUUUAGUGUGUCUCACACUAAAGGUACUUUUUUAUUGAAAGGCCCAAUGUGUAACAUUUAGCACAGGGUUAUUGGCAGAAGUUGAAUAUUAUACUGUGUAUAUGUAUAUUUAUUGAAGUGUAUGGUUGAUUCAAAUUUAAAAUGAUUUGGCUUUACGGCCUCAGCCUGUAAGGAGAAAUCAGCCUCUGUUCUUUUUGCCUUUUCGUAGCUGAACCUCUCCACGCAUCCUCUCUGGUAUGUGAAGGCCACCGUUUCCUCGACGCGCAUGGGAAAGGGAGGCGUCGUCAUAUUUUGGCGUGUUUCUACUGACUCGAAUCGCCACGGCACAGUUAACUAGCGUCUCCACUAGCAUAGUACCUGGAGGCGAUACUGAUUGGUCAGAGUGCCGUCACAGGAAGAGAUGUCCAACACAGGAAUCAAGCAGAAACUGUAGAGCAGUUAAAAAGACGCAACAAUCCUAAAAAAACGUGGGUUAAUCUCCGACAAUUACCAGUGAAAUGUC